AUGUUCAACUGCACAGUUAGUGAAGUUACUGUGAUGAACCUGAAACCUGAUAAGAAAACUACCGUAAUAUUGCCUGGAAAGAAGAAAGAGAAGGUUCUCAGGUCUGCCAGCUUCCACCAUUCUGCUCCCAACCUUGCAGACACUACAGUACUCAAAGAAGAGACAAAACCCCUUGCUGGAAAAGUCGCCAAAGAUGGUGUUACUUUCCCCAAACCAUUUUAUUCAGCAGAUGCUCAAAGCAUGGAUAAUCUUGCCAUGAAAAGACCAGUGAGGUUGGCUCCGCUAGAGAUCUCCUUGGAAGUUAAAGAAGCUCAGCUCAAGAAAAUCAUGAGCCUUCAGAGAGAUUCCCAGUUGGCUGCUUCCAAACUGGCUAGCAUUGGCUCCAUUGGCAGUGAGCCCCAUGUCAAAAGGGUGAAGAAUUUGGCCCAGGUUGAGGUGGAAAGCCUUCACAUGGUCAAGCCGAAUGAGAAGCCCACUUUAGAGAAUCAAGAGGGCAGCCAUUCAUCAAGUUUUGACAACCCUUUGUGUAAGGUUCAGAUCAUCUUGCCAGCUGAGGGAAAUGCCAAGCCUUCUAAAAAGCCUGCUGCUGAAUGCUCCCCUGUGCGAUGCCGUAAGCCUUUAAUUCCCAAGAACGUGUGUGACAUUCUCCAAACGCCUGAUUUUCAAGAGGAUGCCAAGAUUCCAGACAACCCUUCUCAGGUGAAUGGUAGGCCCCGUUUCAAAUUAAAGCAGAUGAAAGAGCAACAGGAGCGUUUAGGCAAGGCCAAACCUUUGAAGGCCACAGGGACAGGCCUGGAGGAAGGGAAGGUCCAAACAGCUGGCCAACGAGCUCAGAAGACUCUUAGCCAUGCAAACAAGUUACUGGACAAUGUAGCCAAAAAGCACAGGGGGAGAGGGGAAGAGCCGGAUGAGAUUGAUGAGGACCUCCUUGCAAUGCGACCAGCCUCACGAAGGAUGGCACUGGGAGAUAUUAUUCUGGUGGAUGAAGAGUAA